AUGUUCAAAUGGGCGCAACAACAGUUGGCCAACGUGGCCGGCACCAAGGAGCCCAUCUACGGCCCAUCCGCCAUCAAGUCGGUCGCCGAGGAAGCCAAAGAGACUCCGUACACGGAGUUGACCCGAGAUGACAUGAACUGGAUCGUCUUGGACUCGACCAACGUGGAAACCAAGACCUUCUACUUGAUGGCACCGACAGGGCAUACUGCGUUUGUCCAGGUCCUCUAUAGCAACGUGGCCGGCAUUCAUAUAACAGUCCAGUUUGUCUCCAAGGUUUUCUAUCCCAACAAGGAGAGGGAGCCGCUAUUCUGCUCCACCCAGCUGCGGGACCACGAGUUCAGCGAGGACAAGGCCAAUUUCUAUGGCACGGACUGCGCAGUAGAGCUGUCUGAGGAUGGGAAGACGUAUACCAUAAAGUCGAUGACGGACGAAAGAUCGAUCGUGAACCUCACGUUGAAGCAAGAGGCGCCCGGAUUCGUUGCUGGCAAGGACGGCAAGACGCUAUACGGAACAGACCUAUCCAACCCUUGGGGCUAUAUGCGACAUGCUUUCUGGCCCAGAUGCCGCGCCGAAGGCACCAUCACUACCCCCGAUGGCCCUAUCGACUUCACGGGUCCAGCUUUCUUGUCCCAUGCUAUGCAGGGCAUGAAGCCCCACCAUGCUGCGGCGAGGUGGAAUUUUUGCGAUUUCCAGGGUCCGACCUUCUCUGCGAUCAUGAUGGACUUCACCACACCACCUUCAUAUGGAUCCACCGUGGUAAAUGUGGGCGGCAUUGCAAAGGACGGCGAGAUUCUCAUUGCCGGUUCUGCCAACAAGGCUGUGCACCUGAAAGCUAAGACGGACAACGUUAAUGACUGGCCGGAGCCUGAGACCGUCCAGUUCACUUGGAGUGGAACGACCAAGGAUGGCAAGACUGUCGAAGCCAUCCUUGAGGGUGAUGUUGAAGACCGUGCUGAUAGAAUAGAUGUUAUGGCGGAGGUCCCUGGCUUCGUCAAGCAGAUUGUCGCUGGGGCGGUUGGUACCAAGCCAUACAUAUAUCAGUACAUGCCGUCGAAGAAGCUCUCCUUAAAGAUCAAGAUUGGCGACGAUCCUGAAAUCGUAGAAGAGGGCAGACUUUUCAGCGAAGCCACUUUCAUUUCUGAGUAA